AUGGCGGAUAAAGGAGUUGAUGUGGUGACUGCCGCUUCGCCGCGCCGCUACCCGGUGACGCCUGACGGGUACGAGUUCCUCGAAGAGCUGGGUCACGGGGAAAACUCAGCAGUGUACCGGGCGAUCUGUCCUGCGGCCGGCAAUGAAGCUGUAGCGAUCAAAGUAAUCAACUUGGAAGGCUUGCCGCUCUCCCUCGAUGAUCUAAUCAAGGAGAUUCGCGUCAUGUCUUUAAGCUCCCACGAAAACGUUGUGCCCUAUCGAACAUCCUUUUCCGUGGGGCAUAACCUCUGGAUUGUGAUGCCUUUUGUCGCAGGGACUCCUGUCGGGCGGAUUUUGCGCCACUUGUAUCCCGAAGGCUUCCCUGACGAGGCCGUGAUUCGGUACAUACUGCACGGUACGCUGCGGGGCCUCGAAUACUUUCACCGGAAUCGUCAGAUCCACCGCAAUAUCAAAGCAGAUAACAUUUUACUGACACCAGAUGCCCGAAUCCUGCUCACAGACUAUACGUAUCUGGGGCUCAUGCUGGAGAGCGGCAUCUCGCGUCGCUUGCGGCAGACUUUUGUCGGAACGCCGUGCUGGAUGGCGCCGGAAGUAAUGGAGCAGGUCUCUGGUUACGACUACAAGGCAGAUAUUUGGUCGUUCGGCAUCACAGCUAUCGAAUUAGCCCAGGGAUGUGCGCCCUAUGAGCGCUUCGCACCGAUGAAAGUGCUUCAGUUAACCUUACAGGGUCCGCCACCGACACUGGAGCAUCCGGAGCGGUUUAGCAGCGAGUUUCGGGCUUUCGUCGAACUCUGCCUGCACAAGGAUCCACACAAGAGGCCUUCUGCGAGUGAGCUCUUGAAACAUCCAUUUAUGCAGACGGAGCUUCCAUUGGAAAAUGGCUGGGCUGCCAACAUGCUCUCCCGAAUGCCGCCGCUGGAGUUGAAUCCACUCUCCGAGAAGGAGCGUAUCUCCCUGCAACGGGGUCACGUGGCGUCAGCGGGCGCUGGGGCGAAGCAUCCCGGGCAGGAGCCCUGGUCGCAACAGCCUGCCAGCAGCGCCUCAUCGAGCACGAUGGAAUCGCAGGCAUCGCAGACUGGACGACGCUCGCCGGAGCAUCCCCGAAAUGUGAUGGGUAUCAGUGGUUGGAACUUUGCAGACAGCCCUGAGUUAAUUGAGGCAAAACGUGAACGUGAUCUGCAGCGGAUUCCGGAAAGCAUCGCAGUACCAGCCCCAGAUAGGCUGCAGCCUGUAACGGAUCUUGCCGCUGUUGUUUCAGAAAACGAACAUAUACAGUCACUAGGAUCCUCGGUCGUGGAACCGGCGCCGGUGCGUACGUCGCGCGCAUCAGCAGAGACGGAGUCAGCGCUUUCUCAGGAAACCGCUCCUGCAGCAGAAAAUCUUGUCAAAGUGGAGACAGGGUCGUCUCGACGAGCUGGGCGUUUCCUCCUGGUGGAUACGGAGCCGUCCCGCCCACACACCUCGCCUAGUACAGCGUGCCUUGUCCAUGAAGACAUUAUCACGCGUGAGAUGCUCACGGAGGACGUGCGAGCACGCGCGAGUCCAAGGCCGGGAGCGGUCUCCGCAGACCCAUGUGCUAGUGAUAGCAGCAGCACCAGCAGCGUACGUCCCCGGUUCUAUAACCAAUCUGUUGGGAGUCGGAAUACCGCGCCACCUGAACUGGGCAUGCGAACUGGCACAUCGAUGACGACCGAUGAAGGAUCCACCACGAUCACUUCUCUGGGGGAUGGCAUAUACCCGGGGAACGCUCAGGGGCAAUCAACGAGGCGACUGUUGCAUUCCGUUGAGUCAGGGAAUGCACGACCUUCUGAGGCGGCAGUAACUGCGGCUGCAGCUGCGGCAUCAUCAUCUGCAGCAGUCCAUGAAGCCAGCACGUCGCAUCCGAACCGAAGCUCGACCCCACAUGUACCAUCUGGUGGCUCUGCACUGGGCGAGGCGUCUCGACGCUCGAGUCACGGGCGUUUUGAGGUUAUCGAUAUUCCACUGCAUCAGGCGAUGCCAACUUCUGCUUCUGCCAGAGCCGCUCUUUCCAGUGGAGCAGCCGCAACGACAGCGCAACCACCAGGAUCUAGCGCGUCGACUGGGGAUGUUUCUCCGCAUAAUCCUCUGUACGUUUCGCUAGCUGCUUUGGACGGUGUAUUCCAGCAGCCACAGAGUGCGACGCGUUCUCCUCCGCGUGCACCGAAACCCAAGUCACCGCCACCGCCGCCGUCGCGCUGGGCGACGCAACCGUCGAUGAACAACAAUCAUCCAAAUCAACGGGGAUAUGGCAGCGUUCCGGGUACUGCCACUUGUAACGCUUGGCAGCCGCAUACUCGCAUCACUGCAUCGUCGUCGACGUCUCCGAAGGAUCCAUCCACAGAUGCCUCCGCAGCAGGUACUGUUCCAGGUCGAGCGCAACGCGCCACCACAAAUCUGCCACUAGCGAAUGUCUCCGAGGAGGACCUGCUGGCAUUGCUGCACCACGCACGAGGCCUGCAACGCACACUUUCGGCCCUGCUGGCCGGAAACCUGCAGUUCGCUGCCUCAGCCGCGGAUAUCUCCAUAGGAGCAGGGCCGGCAUCCAGUGCCGCUCUGUACCCUGGUAUUCCGCACGGUGUUUCCAGUAUACAUGAUAGUGGCUCCGGAACCGGACCGCUCCAUUCCUACGUUUCACCACGUGUUGAGCACAGUCAAGCGAGCGGCAUGGAAAGCGGCGCUGCGGCAGCCAGCGGCAUCAGUGUCGGACCGCCUGCAGGUACCUCUGGUUAUAGCCCCGCUUUGUUGCCGCAUCCAGCCAUGGGUGCAGUACCAUCCGGCAAUGGACCGAUCAAGCCAGGCAAUGAACCUGUGGAACAUUUGCGAGGAGAGCUCUCAUCCCUCCGCCAGGAACAAGGGACUUUGCGUCGCGAUAUUGAAGCACUGCGGCAGGAAAUGGCCCUGGUGCGCCAACAGCUCCAGCAUCUCACUGUUCUGGCAAUGCCUGCAACGACGCGCGCAGAACGAGUGCCGCUUGUCUCGGGUUCGGGGUCACAGCAACCCACGGACGUAUUUGGCGAUAGCGGAGACCGUGCUUACCCAACGAACUCAACGGCAGCGACAACGAACCCGAAAGCAGGGAUCGGCAUGUCCGUUGCAUCAGAGGCGCCACAACGCUCACAUCAUAUCGGGGAUCCACCUGGAGCGUAA